AUGGCCAAAGCAAAAGCUGCUCCCGCUGCAUCAAGCGGCGGCAAGUCCGCGAAGAAGAAGAAGUGGUCUAAGGGAAAGGUCAAGGAUAAGGCCCAACACGCCGUCUCCCUUGACAAGGCCACCUACGAUCGUAUCCUGAAGGAAGUCCCCACCUUCAAGUUCAUCAGCCAGAGCAUCCUCAUCGAACGUCUCAAAAUCAACGGAAGCUUGGCCCGCGUUGCCAUCCGCCACCUUGAGAGGGAGAAGCAGAUCAAGCGGAUCGUGCACCAUUCCGCUCAGCUCAUCUACACACGAACAACAACAUCAGAGUAG